GUAAAGUCUAUCUUGACCGAAAAUCGCUGUAUUGAUCUAGGUUUGACUUGCAUAGUGGAUGCAUGUGAGAACUUUGUGUACGUUCCUCCGAGCUUUUGUUUCUGCCACUUAAAACUUCACACUGACAAUCGAAUGUUUGUUCGACUUAUAAAGCGUGUCAUGUCUAGAGCACUUUAGAACAGCUGAAUGCAAUGGAUUGUUUAAUGACGUCCUGAUGCAGUGGCGUAACGUGGAAAGAUGACGAAGAGGGUGGUGGGGCUCUUGCCCCUUUUUGAGAUUUACUUCUUAGCUUGCCUUGUCACGCUGACGAUUGGUAUACAGAGGGACCAAGGCAUCUCGGACACUCGUGCCUAUGCGGGACGCAUCUUUACUCUCGAAAUACCGAAAAACGCUUUCAAAGGUGCUAUAGAAAAAUUGGAGGUAACUGAAGCGGGCGAGAGUGGCUUACCAAGUUGGUUAGAGUUUGAUCAGAAACAUCAUACUUUUAAGGGAGUGCCGAGUUCAUCCGAUGUUGGGCAGCUCUACGUAUGCGUGAAAGCUUUAACUCAUGAUUCUUCUGCUAAAGAUGUGUUUUCCAUAGAAAUAACAGAAGAUGCACCUAUAACUGACUAUUGUCCUUUUGGAAAAGACGAAACGAUCGUAAGCGUGGUUUUCGAUGCGACUUUGUCUGAUCUGAAGCCGCCCGAAAAAUUUAAUAUAUUGAGCUCUGUUUCGAAAUUCCUCGGUGCUUCAGAACCAAGACUAAAAUUGUCCUCUUUGCAUCGCGAUGAAAGUGCAUUCGAUCCUGGUGCUAUUAGAGCUGGUCCUGGUAACGCUCUACAAAGAAAUUACGAAGGAACUCAAAUACAGUUUAAAGUUGGAUGUGGGGGAGAAGUAUCUUCCGAAUCUGAACCAAUUUUGGAUAAUCUUGAAAAGUCAGCUUCCAAUGGAGAAUUGUCUGAUACGAUUGGAUACCUGAUCGUUGGUUGGCAAGUAUCGGGUACGAGUAAAGUAAUUCAAAAUGUCCGAGAAAAACGAAAUGUUACUCCAUUUAAUGCAACCCCCGUACCUAAAAUGCACAUAACUCGAUGGCCAACAUUUACAGAGAGAGUUGAUGAAGCUGAAACGAGAGAAAUUGUACCUGAUGUAAGAAUCGUCCCCACAAUGUCAUCGCCACGUUUCGUUGAUCGCACAGAUGACCAUAAGCACAGGCAUCAUCACGGACAUGAUCCUAUACGAAGAGAACAUAUGUUUAUAUCAUAUGAAAUUCAUGCCUCGCCUACUUAUCAUUAUCAUCCUUUGCCGUCUAGUCGGCGAGAAUCUGGAGGAACUCCUGUUGUUACUCCGGUAUUACUUCCUGAAAGACCCACGACUGCUGUCUUACCGACUCGAAUAUAUGAUGUUGACGGAACAGUAUCAAUUACACGAGAACGACCGAGACCACCAUCUGAGGAUAUCUUAUCGAGAUGGUAUGUUCCUACGAGUGAUUUCGCUACAGUGGAUAUUUUACCAACAAAAAGUCGAUCCACUGUUGAGCCAACGAAAGUCAUACCCCAGAUGCCCAAUUUCAAACCGACUGUUAAUAGUAGAACCAAAAAAUUGUCUUUGGUUGCUGGAAAAGCUUGGAGUUAUACCAUUCCUAUCGAUACAUUUAUAGACAUGGAAGAUGGUAACACUAGAGACUUGAAGUUGAUGUUUAUGACAUCGGAAAGGACUUCAUUACCUUCCGGAUCUUGGAUUCAGUUUGAUCCAGAAAAUCAAGUUAUUUAUGCUUUACCGACGAGUGAAAACAUUGGUAAACAUGAAUUUGUUCUGGAAGCUAUGGACAGUGAGGGCGCCUCCACGUUUGAUAGAGUGGAAUUACACGUGUGGCAACAUCCUCAAGCGGAUGCCCUAACACAUUCAUUUACAAUGACUGUCCGUUACAACAAAUGGCAAUAUCCUGUCGGAAUAGACUGGCAGAUUGAAAUCCUCAAUAGAAUCGCACUCAUGUUUGAGGACCGUGACAAUUCCAAAUUAAGCAUGGUAAAUGCUACGCUGGAUCCUGUUAAAAUCACGUGGACGAAUGACACUUUACCAACGGAUCACUGCCCGCUGGAAAAAAUCAAAAAGAUUUACGAUAUAAUUGCUACAGCGGAACACCAUCCUACGAAAGAGAUGAAAAAGAUAAUGUCCCCUGAAUUUAGAGUUCAGGAUAUCAAUGUGAAUUAUCGUGGUGUUUGUGAAGGUGUUGUUACCACACCACCACCUCCUUUGAAUUUCUCACCCAUCUUACGAAAUGCCAUCAAACAGAUUAACGUUACUGUUGGUGAUAUAAUUAAAUAUAAAAUACCAGAAAAUACGUUCUACGAUUUUGAAGAUGGGCCAACGCGUCAUCUACGUUUAACUUUGUUAACUUCUGAUAAUAUUCAACCACCUAAGUCAUAUUGGCUACAAUUUGAUUCUCGUAGUCAAGAAAUUUAUGGUCUGCCUACAGAUAAUGAAGUUGGUCGACAUGAUUUCUUAAUAAAUGCCGUCGAUAGUGAUGACCACGUGGUACCAGACAACUUCAUCAUUCAAGUAUUUCGUUACCCGAUGCGUCAAAGACCGCCUGUGGAGUUCAGUGUUCAGUUCGAUCUCGAUUACGACGAGUUUCAGUCUGAUACUAGUAAGAAAACUCUGGUUGCCACUAAAAUCGCGAGGCUCUAUGGAGAUCCAGACCCUAGGUACAUAACUAUUACAAACAUAACACGUGGCUCGGUGGUAUAUAGUUGGAGUAACAAGACACUUGGGUAUGAGUACUGCCCUCUAGAAAAAAUUAAUCACCUCGUGAAAUACAUAAUUAAUACUGAUGGUUCUCUUUCAUCGAAUUUAAUUCAAAUCAUGGAGCCAGAAUUUAGAGUUGUUAGUGCCAACGCUGAACCGACAGGAAUUUGCUUAGGUGGCGUUGCGCCUACUUUCGUAAAUAUCACCACUACAACUCCUACACCAUCACCAUCGCCUGAUGAACUGGAACCUACAUUGAAGACUUCUACCGACGACGACAUAUACAUUACUACCAUUGUUCCGGCAAUAGUCAUAGCGGUAAUGCUUGUCAUAGCGGCUUUAGUAGCUUACUUUUUGUACUGGAAGAAAAGGAAGGGCAAAAUGAGCUUAGGAGAUAAGGACUUUAUUGGAAGUGGAGUUCCCGUAGUGUUUGCGGGUGAGUUAGAAGAACAAAAACCAGAUCCUGGAAAAGCCCCGGCUAUAAUGAAAAAUGAGAAGCCCCCACUAUCCACAGAUUAUUUGUUUAAUCCAUUUCGAAGGGGCACGGCUACUGUUCAAGAUUCAGUACCACCAACAACAGCUAAAACUCGUGAUAGUGCGCAUCUUAGAGACAGAAAAGAAAAUGCAACGCUUUAUAAACCUCCACCACCCUUUGCAUCCAGUAGAGAGCCAAAAAGCACACGCCCAAAAAGUACUCAAGCAUAUAGACAUGCUACAUACGUGCCACCUUAAAUUUCCUUUUACUUUCAUUGAAAAUAAAAAUAAAAACAAUUCUUUAGAUCUCAUAGAAUGAGUAACAAAGUGAUAAUUUUAUGUUCACACGAAUUUCAUUUAAUUUCUUAGAUCGUCAAUAAUUUGUCAUACUGUUUAGUGCUUCUUGUGUACAUACAUACUUAAAAAAAAGCUUCGGAAAGUGACAAAUUUAAUGUAGCUUGCAAUUUUAGUUUGUUUUUAGUUUAUUACUAGAAACUUAAUGAGGUGCACAAAAUUAUUAUGUUUUACCACUUUGUUUGUAACUUUAAAAAAAAAACUAUGAAAAGUUAAAGUAGAUCCAAAAAAAGAAGUAUUAACUUUGUGCUGUAUAUAAAAAAAAGUAAAACAACCUGAAAAAAAUACGAGAAAAAGCACUUGUUUGUUUUAAGUAAAGCAUUCCAACAACAGCCCGGUGUAGGCCAAAGGGUCAUGAUGACAAAGGCUGAGCAAUUUUGUGACCAACGGCAUUAUUGUGGAAAAUAUGGUCUUCAUAGAGCACAAGCCGCCUUUACUUCCCCGACAACAAGCUGAUAUCCAUCUAUCGGAAUCUAGAUUGGCAGUCACUGGGGAUCGAACCCAGUCUUUUCCAAUGACAGUUCAGUAUCUUUAUCCAGACAGUCAUAGCGACUCACUUGUCUGUUUAUGCGACAUUUUUUGUGCUUUUUUCACGUUGUUUUAACUUUAUUUUCCUGUACAUGUUGAUUAAAAAUUACUAUCUGAUCACCAAUGAUUAGAAUAUUUUUAAAUAAACGCUAUAAGGUUAAAACUAAAACAAGAUUCAAAAAAUAACUUUUUUUUGCUCUGCUCUUUAACUCUGUAUGGUCACAAAAAUGACAUUUAAAAAAAAAAAAAAAUUAUGUUUUUCGAAAACUUUCUAAAACAUGUUUAAAUUUGAGUCUCAUAUUCUUGCAUAAGUUUUUAGACAGAUUGAAUUAUGUCUACCCUUAUUGGGUAGCCAUUUUCUAAUAAGAUUACUCUUUGCUUCAUUCAGCUAAUAUUACACAAUUAUUGUUACGGUCAAAUGACGUGAUCGACAGUUGAGCCGAUCCUGCUUCUAAUUUACACAGUAAUCGUAUCUGGAAACAGUACUCAUUUUGUAAUCUUAGAACACCUUGAUCCUACCCGGAAUCGAGCCCACAAAUUCCGGCGCUGAAAUGGGGUCUGAGUGGUGGUUUGUCACAUAUGUAGGAAGAAACUGCAGUAACUUCAUCCUAACGUUUAUUACAAUUAUCCUUGUGACCAAACUGCUUUUAUUACCUUGUCCUUGUGAAGAAAAUUUGUUACAAAUUUGAUAAAUACUUUCAACUUGUAUGUUUUUUUAUUUUAUCUUUACUGUCUGUAUAAUGACAAUAAUUUUGACUAUCCUCUUAAUGAUAUAAAAAUGAUUUUUUUUUUACAGAUUCCAUGUAUAUAUUUUAUUUAUAUUAAUAUUAUACUGCAUAAAUAUAUUUAAAUCUGUUAUCAAAUGAAUACUAAACAGCAAAAUAUUGUAGAAUUAUUUCACAUUUAAAAUAUUGCAAGUUAAUAUUCUUUUAUACAAUUUCAUGCCUAAACAAUGUUAACCUUUAGAACUAUUUUGUCCUUAAAAUGGCUAAAGAAAUAAUUACCUCUACCAUAAAUAAAAGAAAAUAUUUUACAAGCUUAGAUUUCAUAAUUGAUAUCGAAACAAAGACAAAAUUAAUUAAAAUUUAAUUAGAACUAAACUUUAGUUAGUAUUUAGUAACGUUUAAAUAUGUAUAAAAAUAUUUUUAAUAGUUCGAAAAUUAUUAUAUUCCUAUAUUUCAUAUAAAAUUUAAAAAAAUUAUUAUGAAAUAAUACACAUAUUACUUUCUUUGUUCUUAAGUUAUGAUAUAAGGAUGGGGCCAAUCUGAGGGCAUGGGACCCGUUUUUGACCACUCAUCGGGAAGUUUUUCCCUUCGUAUUAGAUUAACAGUAUCGCCACUCCAGUAAAAUAAGUUUAUAAAAUUUUAAAAUUCUAGAAUGAACACUAAUGUUCUUGACAGGAUUUUUUUUUAAAUCACUUUUAUUGGCUUUAGUGUACUGUCUUACGCAGCACAAAGCGUUAAAAUUACGAAUCAGAUAAGUCAUAAUUAGUAUUGUAAAAGUUAAAUACAAAAAUGUUUUAAAAAAUUUAAGCAAUUUUUUAAUUUAGUCCCUAAAACGAAGUUAUAUCCAUAUUUCUGCUGUCACUAUUGAAUUCAUUGUUUUAAAACCAUAUUUUUACAGUAUGUUUGAAAUAUUUCCAAAUCAACGGCCACAUAGUAAACCAAAAUGAGACUUUAACAAAAGGACACUUUCGAAAUACUGAGUUAAUAUGGUUUUUGCUCAACGAUUUAUAACUCAUCUGCAACCUUACUUUCCAAAAUGGGAUCUAUUUCAAAAAGUUAAGAUCAAGAUUAGAUUUAUACUUAAUCUUGAAACAUUAAUCCGCACCAUUUUUAAUCCUAAGAAAAUACAAUUCUAAUUAUUAUUUGCAGCAUUUGAUAAUGUAGAAGUAUGUACGUAAACCAAAUAUGUAUUAGAUAUUAUUUUUGGUUCAAACCUUUCUUUUUGUAAAUAAGAAUAAAUGUGUUUAAAAAAUAUAGGCAAUAACAUCAAAUAUUUUUCAAACGCAUAUUGUUAUAUUGCUAAAGCUAAUUACUUUACUUAGACUUAUGAUAUAGUUAAUGUUUUUCAGAGUCUAAUUAAUGUGUGCAUUUAAGAUUCCUCGUUGUUUUGACAAACGUCCAUCCACGUAACUCAAAUAUAUAUUUAAAAUGUACUAUAUUAAAAAUAAAUAUUGAUAUUAAGAAAAAGCUAUAUCUAUGUAUUACAUAUUUAUCUUUUUCAAGAAUGAAUUGAAAAAAAAAUGUUUUAAAUAUUCGUAUAGCUCAUUAAGAAUUUCAAAUUUUUGAAGUUUAAAAAGUUUUAUAAUCAAGAUUGCCAUUAUAUAUUCGUAAUUUGGCUAUUUUUUAACCCCUAAAUAGUCAAUACUUAUUUAUUAUUAUUCUCUCUAUCUUUACAACGGUGCGUUCAACUGUUAAACGAGUUUUCUGCGACGAACUAUUCCAAUUAUAAAUACUGCUAUUUUCAUUUCCAAGCACUACAUAUAUCAACAAAUACAAUUCAAAAUCGCCAAUGACACAGUAAUCAGUUUCCCUCAUUUUACAAUUAACGACAAAAUCUAAUUUUAUAUUUCUUGACAAUUUUAAUUAUCAAAUAAUAAAUUUAUUCUCUUUUAAAAGAUAAAAUUUUGUAUUACAAUUUAUGACUAAUUUACUAAAUUUGUUAGACAGAAAGUAUUGAAAAGCUAUAUCAAUUAAGUAUGUUGAAUUUGUUUUUUGAUUGAUUUUAUUAUUCAUACUUUAUAAAUCAAUAAAUUCUUUCAAUAAAUACUAAAUAAUUUCCAAAAAUAAUCUGGAACUAUGUUUACAAAAAUAAAAUAUAUAUAUAAAUAACAUGAGAGAAACGGAUGGUACAAUCUUGUACCUUUUCAAUAUUUCUUCACUUUGAGCAUGUACAGUUAGCAUUCAGUUGUAUAGUUAACAUCAAAUUAGGUGACAUUUAUUUCUUUAUGAACUAUUAAAUCUAGGAAAAUUUCAGCUAUAUUAAGACUUUUGUAACCUUGUCUACCUAGAACCAAACGACCGCUUGGUACUUUUUUUGUGAUCAUUAUUUAUUUUUUAAAAAUCCUUUAAACUAUAUAUAUAUAUAUAUAAUUUUUUUUUUGGUACCAUGCAUCGUUCUAGGCAGGAAAAAAAACUGAUCUUCUGUUAACCCUAGAUAACUUAACAUUCGUCUAAUAGACUACCGACACCUGCUAAUUUUACGAAUUUGAGAUUUUCCUGUUGAGCUCACACUACCUUCAUUACUAGUAAAAUGAGUUAUCCAAAGGUGAUAAGCACAGCUGUACGCUUAUUUUUCCAGAUUUACUGUAAUCGUCGUCGAAUGUUUAAUUAUAGCAUGCAGAUGUUCGCGUCGAUACCAUCGUGUUUUUUCAUUUUUCCUGUAUUUUAUAACUAUUCUAAAUAUAUUUUUUUUCUGUCUAAGAAAAGUAGAAUGACAAAAUACAUAAGCAACAAGGCUUCUCGUGGUGAGCACUCUUUAACUACUGACAAGAGUGCAAACGAUAAUUUAAAUUUUUUAAUGGAUAUUAUAGAUCAUUUUUUUAAAUUGCUUUAAAUACGCUAAUAAUUUGAAAUAUAUGAAGGAAAUAUACUUGUUUAACACUGAUUUAAGUUUAUUUAUCUAGGGUAAAAUAAAUUUGACAUCUAUAAAAUUGUAUUUUAACAUUCUAAAAAAUUUUAUUAUUUAUUUAAACGUUGCUAUUGUGUCGUUUCAAUUUCAUUGCCCAUGUAUUUUGCUUGUGUGAUUUUCUGUACAUAUGCUAACUUUAAUUUAAACCAAAAUGGUUUAUGAAUGUGCCAAAUAUAAUUUUUUCUUCUGUUUUCUCCAUAUUACAAUCAUAAAAUAUCGUAUUAUAGUUGAUAAUUGAAAUGAAGCAUUAAUUUCAAAUAUUUUAAUAAAUGUUGAAGUGUGCUAUAAAUGUUGAAAGCUAUUUUAUUCUAAGCGAUGCUUGUAAAUUUAUUUUUAUUGCAUUUAUGUGUUUAACUCGAGUGCUUUUCUCAUGUGUAGUUGAACUUGUUAAAGUUUUUCAUUCACAAAGAACAUAAUAAUGUUGAAAAUAUUUAUGAAUUAAUUUAACAAAACUAAAAUAAAUCAAACAUAAGUCUCCUUUUUUUCCUCUCUAAAAACUUCUAAUAGAUUGUAAUUUUUUAAUUCAAUAAAAAAUUUUAUAAAAUACAUUGGAAUAAUUUAUUGGGUUGAGAUUUUAAGUGAUCUUGAUGUUUCACCACAUUUAUAAUUUUCUUUUAUCUUUAUUUCGGAUAUUUGAAUAGAACUAUAACAAAUGUGAGGUUUUAAAAGUAGUGAUAAUCUAUCCAGGGGUAGCAGCAAAGUUUUUUAAAAUUUUAGGGUAAUUUUUGGACUUUUUUCAAAAAAUUUUAGGGAUAAUAUAUGAUUUUGUUAGGAUAAAAACAGAUCACACGGUAGUUUAUUACAUAACAGAAGAUUAUUACAAUUCAUCCACACAUAUCAUAAAUAAUUGCAAGCCAUAAAAUAAAGCUCUGAAAUUUAUUAAGUCAAGAAUGAAAUCUCUAAAGUGUAAAAAUGAAAUUUCAACUUUACAUAUUACCUAUCAGAAAUUAAGUGCAUAAUUCAGGAACAGGCAAAAGUGAGAAUAAAUCAAGAGAAAAAAUAAAUUAACACCAACUUGGAUUUUUAUUUAAUUUUUACCUUCUUAAUCAAAACUUUAUUAUUACCCUUUACCUUACUUUAUUAAGAAAAACUAUUGUGUGAUAUUAUUAGAUUUCAAAUCAGCAAUUUAUAUUAGAAGUUAGAGAAAAACAAAUUAAUCAUGAUCAUUUUUCUAAUAUAUUCUUGAUAUGAUUUGUGAGAUUCUUUUACUGCCCUCAAUAGUGUUGUGGUGAUCUUCAACACUCCUCCAUAAUUUCGAAUGGUAUCUUUGAUUAGUCUAAGAGACAUAAUAGUAUUCUCAUGGUGACUCACAUUAAGCAUUGCUUUAUUUA